CCUAACGGCUACUUCCCCGAAACUUAAACCUCUCUCCAUCUCCUUCUGUCGUACGCUUCACAUCCUCUCUCACAAACCGCUCUUCCCACCUUCUCUGCAUCUAACGUCUUCACAGCCAUCUAUGGCUUCAAUUUCAUCAAAUUAUGUCAAAGCCGAUUCGAGUUCGUGGAACCCAAGUCGGAAAAUUCGGAUAGUCGGGAAAAUCAGGGGUUUUACAGAUCUUGAAUCUCAAUCCUCUACUGGGUUCUCAGGGCCGUGGAUUUCGGUUCGCAAGCCUAAUGGAGAAUUCUCUGAGAGUGUGACUCUGUCCUUCGGAGACCACCCCACCAGUCGCAAGGAAUCUUAUGAGAUAGAUUAUUGCUAUGCACAAGAUGAAGACAAUGGCCUAAUCUUCUCAAGAGAGAUCAAACCUAUGAUUUCAAGGGUUUGCAAUGGUCACACUGCAUCUGUUAUUGCAUAUGGAGCUAGAGGUAGUGGAAAGACAUACACAAUUCAGGGUUCUGAUGAGAAACCGGGUUUAGCAGCACUAGCCAUGACUGAACUUCUACAGAUGGCUGGGGAAAUUGGGAAAUCAGUUUCUAUAUCUUCCUUUGAGGUUUACCAAGAUCAUAUUUAUGAUCUCUUGGAUCCAAAACGGCCACCGGUUUUGGUAUUGGAGGAUGCUCAAGGCAAAAUUCAACUUAAAGGGCUUUCUCAGGCUCCUGUGAACUCCAUUUCAGAAUUCUACAGAUUAUAUUUUAAUGGGCUUGGUUCACGUAAACCAGCUCAGAAGAUACCAACCGAACUCCCUCGUAGGAGCCACAAGGGCUUAAUGGUAUAUGUAUCAUCUCAGACCUCAGAAACUAACCUUGUGGGCAAAAUGACUUUUGUCGAUUUGGCAGGUUAUGAGGACACCAGAAAGAAGAGUGUUGAUGGUCCCAACCUUAUGGAGAAUACAAAAAUUAACAAGUCCUUAUAUGCCUUGCAGAAUGUUGUUUAUGCUUUGAGUGUCAAUGAAAGCCAUGUUCCAUACCGAGAAAGCAAACUAACUCGCAUGUUACAGGAUUCCUUUGGAGGGAUGAACCAAAUUUUGAUGGUUACUUGCUUGAAUCCAUCUUUUUGCCAAGACACCAUUUACUCUGUAAGUUUAGCUUCUCGGUCAUAUCAACGGGCUUUUACAAAUUCCACAAAGAAAAUCAAAUGUUCAGCAAAACCAACAGGCCUUUCUGCAUUGAAGAAUGGAAAACCCACUGGUGUUUCUUCUACUGUGAAGAAACAAACCAGCUCCCAAGUGCAUUUCUCUGAUAAGAAAGCCAAUUUUACAGAUUCUAUAGUGAAAGGAAGGAAAUUAUUCAAGGAAGCAAAUCAUUCUAUCAGUUCUGAGAAGAAUUCAAUGCAGGCAGAUUCCUCAUCAAGCAUUGCUUCAGUUAUUGAACCUUCUUUACAGGAAGAGGUGAAGUCCAUUUCAGAUGUCUCUUUAGCCACAGUACCUUCAGAAGAGGAAAUUUCAUUAUCAGUUGCUGUUACAGAUACAGAACCUGUUUUUGUAGAAGAAAAGGUUUCUGCAUACCAUGAUAAUGACAAUCAUCCUGAAGUUACUUCUGGGAAUAGCAGCACGACAUUGGCUUUGAUUGAAGAAGGUCACCAUAUAAUAGAAGAAAAAGAGAACAAAAGCUUAUUUGCAAAUGGAAAUGGAUCGCCACCACUAAGUGCCAGAUUACGAGAACUAUCGAAUAACCUGAAAUCUCUGUACUCUUCAACUCCAGUAUGCAUAAAGCUCCCUGAGAAUGAUACUUCCUCCACUAACCAAGCUUCUGCUUUGGUGGAACCAAAAACUCCGGCCGUCGAAAAAAAAUUGAGAGGGAAUGAUAAAUGGGAGGUUGCAAACAUUAGUAGUCCUUGGGAAGCACUCCACAUGCACAGUUCUAGAAUGAAGAAGUCACUUGUUGAAGAAACCCUCAAGUUUUUGAACAGUGCUAACAAGGAGGAGUUGAAAGGACUAAAGGGUAUUGGAGAGAAAAGAUCUACAUACAUUCUCGAACUUCGUCAAGAAUCCCCUGAACCUUUCAAGAGUCUGGAUGACUUAAAAGACAUUGGUCUUUCAGAAAAGCAGAUAAAAGGAAUGAUGAAAAAGGUAGUCGAAGAGGUUUUGAACUAGCCUGAUUCAGAAUCAACUACAGUCAGCGUUGUUGAAGAUUUUCUGUGCCAGAAAACUCACCACGGCAACAUGAAGUUGCCAUGUGAAUCCUUUGAAGUAUAUGUCAACUGGUGGACUUAGCCUUCUAUGUAUACCUUGUACUUUAAAGUAUGACAACAAUGUACUCUGCCAAUCUGCUUGAUUUUGUUUCUUCAUUUUUUUUUUCUUUUUGGAAUCAGAUGCUUCAUUUGGUAUGUAAACUAUGAUUACAUUGAGAAUCUUUGUUUAUUAGCCAAUGCAUCUAUGGUUUGAAUAA